AUGCCUCCCGGCAUCUCUCACCCGCCUGGAUUUCCGAUGCCACCUCCGGGUUUGGCCCACCGACCUCCGCCACACGAUCCCAUGUUUGCUCAGUUUGGAGGAUUUCGGCCGCCCCCUGGCAUGGGAAUGCCUGGACCUCCAGGUCUCAACGGUAUGAAUGGGCCUCCGGGCAGGGGUUUCCCGAUGCCGCAUCCGCCCCCAGGCUUCUCUCAGCCUUUCGGCGAGCCCAUGCCGCCGAAUGGACCUCCUCACGUAUCGCACACGCGCCAAUCGUCAGGCGGCUUCGAAAGCGGCCCUUCCAUGGCUUCGCAGCCCAUAGGACGGCCUGCGCCGAUUGGUCGACCAGGCAGCGUAGUCCACGGGCAGGGAUCAGACCAGGUAGAUGAUGUCUCCGACCAGCACCUUGGGAGCAGCGCCUUGCUCGACGAUUCGGAGGAGCCGAUUCGGGCGGCCACUGCGAGACAACUACACCAGGCACCUGGACCUGGACCUCGACAGGCUUUCCCCAGCACACCGUUUGGCAUGGACGCCGGCAUGCACCUGCAGAGUAAUCCAUGGAGUAACCCGUCGCCCUUCGCCGCGUUUGGCCCGCCGCCCGGUCUUGGUGGCCCAACCUGGGGCAACCCUUUGGCAGCUAUCCCGCCCAUGCCGUCUCUGGCAAAUCUCCGGACAGGAGGCAAUCCUCGGUCUGUCGCGGUGCGACGCAUGCUCUGCCGCGUUUGCAAGGAGUUGCAAGGCAGGGGAGUGGACGGCACGGACGGCUUUGCGGACUUGAAUAUCAUCAUGAGCGAGGUGGAACAGCUCAACCGCAUGGAAGGCGUUAGCCGUGAGGUCAUAUCGGAAUCGGAGAUUCUAGACCUCGCAGAGACAGAGGGUACGCCACACAACGGCGGAGGCGUUUUCGAUAUCCGCAAGGAUGUCAGGGGCCCCGGCAAACAUGCGGUACGUUGGGUGCCAGACCUUGUCGGCGACAUGGCACAGCCACCUCGGGCCGUGGGCGAAAUUGGCAGCCCGGUCAUUGGCACCGGUCAUCCGGCAUUCCCCAUGCGAGGAUCGUAG